UUUCAAAUUUCUGUAAUGUUGGUAGACACCUCGUCGUCACGUAGUUAUAACAACUUUGCUUAAUUUGGUGCGGCGCUUUUGAUUUGAAAUAUUGAAUGUUUGUGCUGUGUAAUGUGUCAAAGUAAUAUCAAUAAUAGUGGCGAUUGCAUGAGCUCUUGACUUUAGUACUAUUGUUUGAGCCAUUAGCAUACAGAGACGGUAUAAAGAGGAUUAGCGUUCAAUAAGGCUGUGGAGUACUUGCCGUGGGAAGAGGACAUGGACUACUUACAGAAAGUGCUUGCAGAAAUUUCAGUGAAAGUGGAUAAUUUUCCUGUUGGAGCAGCAAAUGUCCAUGACAGCGUUUCACUAGAGUUUGAAAUAAACACAAUACAGUCCAAGGUACAAUGCACUAAAGCUGAUGUACUCAUCUUACAAGCAUUGACAGAAAUUGCUAAAAACUCUAAUGCAAAUAGAGGCAAAACAGAUCUCACACACAUAGCAAAAUAUGAGAAUGCUCUGGUGGAUGAUGCAUCAGCCAUAAAUCACCCACGAAAUAUGGCAGUUCUUGCAGAGGAGGCAGCAGCUUUACAGGAAGCUCUUGAAAUGCAACCCGAAGAAAUGGAGCACCAGCCCUUAUCGUGUCGCUCACUCUUGGAAUCUUGCUGCAGAUGGCUCGUUUAUGCCCCACAGCCCUCCUCAGUCUCAAACAGAAAAGAAGAAGAAACACGUAUAAAAAACAUUGUGCCUAAGUGUUCAUCAACUCAACUUGAAUUAUUGGAAAUUCAAAACGAUAUCAACCAAAAACUAAAAGAGAUCGAAGAAAUGGAAUGUACGCUUAUGAAGAAGAAAGCAAAGUAUGCCAGUGAUUUGGUGAAACAGAAGAAACAUUUGGAUAAAAAGAGAAGUUCUAAAGAUGAGGGAUAUGACAGGAAGAGCAAAAAUUUAAAAAACAUCGCAAGCGAAAUUAACAUGAUGAAAACUAUUAUACAGGCCCUUAUAUUUUUAUCACCAGAGUCGCUAGAAGAGAAAAAAGUUCUUGAAAUACUUGAGUUUACAAGAAAACCUCUGAACCUUGUAACAUAUAGCACACAAAUUUAAAAUGUGGAAGACUUCAUUAACACUAUUUAAAUCUGUUUUAUUUGCUAAGUAGGGAGGCUUGUAUCAUAAGAGUUUUGCUUCACUGUUCAGAUGGAUCUAAUAUGAAAGUCGUAUUAGUACCAUCGCCUUUACCAGGUGUUAAUGUAUUAUUUGGAUCAUCUUCCAUGUUCUUGUAUUACUAGUUUGUGAACUUUGUGUGUAACUGAGAAACAGACAUUUGUAAAUGCAAUUACAGAUUAGCAACAAUCUUUUUCAUA